AUGUUAUUACAGGAGGCUAUUCGAAUUUUUGAAGACUUCAUCACCAGUAUCCAAAUCCUCCAAAAACCCCUUACUGAAGAAGAAAUCGAAAUAGUAAGAAAUUCCAUCUUUAAGGUGGCAGUCGCCUUGGAGGUAUUCGCACUUAAUUAUGGCAAACACCAAAUGAUUGGAGCGAAUUCUUCAGUGGAGAUAAACAGCCGAAAACUAGUGUUGGCUAUACAAAAAACCUACCGCAAAAAUGCUAGUGACUUUUAUCUUGGGAAACAAGAACUGCAAGCGAGCCUGGAAGUUUCCUCUAAAAACUUUGCCAACAACGUGUCAGUGGUUGUUGGGAUCGUGUAUAAGGAUCUCCAUGACGUAUUAAUUACAGAUCAACCCUUCAGAACUAUAAGGUAUUUGGACUCCUGGAUAACUGCCGUGGCUUUAGAUCCAAAACCAGAAAAAUUACAAGAGAAUGUCAUCUUAAGAUUCAGAAAUCUGAAGAUUCGUGAAGGAGAUAAGAAAUGCAUGUUUUGGAGUGGCGUAAGUGAAAGUUCAGGCGGAUUUUCAGAGACAGGAUGCCACUUAGUUACUUCGAAAAGCAACUCAGAAGAAACAGUUUGCAGCUGCAAUCAUUUGACUCAUUUUGCUGUCUUACUUGACUACAACGGCAGCCCAGGGCUCACAGAGGAAGACGAAACUAUUCUGGAAAUUAUCACCUACGUGGGACUGAGUCUUUCCAUCUUCGCGAUUCUUUUGACAAUUAUUCUAUAUUCCUACCUCACAGACGUAUGGCAACCUCUGACUCAAAUACGACUGAGUCUUUCUGUGGCCCUCGGAGCUGGACAAAUAAUCUUUCUCACCGGCAUAAACGCCACAGAAAAUACGGCUCUCUGUGUCCUAACUGCAGCUUUCUUGCAGUACUUCUUGAUGGCAGCUUUCUGUUGGAUGCUGGUGGAGGGAAUUUAUUUUUUCCUGUUUGUUGUGAAAGUUUAUAACAUCGACACCAAGAUGAAUAUGUAUCACUUCAUAUCAUGGGGUUUACCCGUCAUCAUGGUUAGCAUUUCAAUAGGCAUCGCCGCUGGAAAAGAUGGAAUUAAAAGCUAUACCAGUGAAAAAUAUUGCUGGCUGUCCUCAACAAACAACUUGAUCUGGAUCUUCGUCACAUUUGUAACUUUCAUUGAAGUUCUCAACAUUUUGAUACUUGUCCGAGUAAUAAAGGAGAUGAGCACAUUAACACAACCCACGGGGGAAGACAACAAUACACAGCAAAUACGACUUGGCAUUAAAACAUGCGCGGUGAUGAUCCCACUGCUUGGUGUUACCUGGCUUUUUGGACUUUUGUUAUCAUUACACAAAGCUUUCGCCUACAUUUUCACCAUUUUCAACUCUAUUCAGGGAAUCCUGAUUUUCCUUCUUCAUUGUGUGCGGAACAGCCAGAUUAGAGAGCGAUUGAAAAGGAAGAUGAACAUCAUUUUCCCAUCUGCUGUAGAUCAUGGAAACUCUGCGAAGAAGAGCUCACAAGUUAAUCCAAGUGAUGCCGGCGAAGUGUGUGCAGUAAAAUUGCAGUCCUUCAAAGAAUAACACAAUACAAUAUUCAGUAAUCCAAUUUAAACGACUUUUGGUAAUAACGUUCUCCCAUCUUUAAAAAAUGAAAACUCCAGAAGGAAAAGCUCACGGGUUAAUCUCAGUGAUGUAGGUGAUGUGUGGGCAGAUAAAUAGUAGUCUUAAUAUGAGUUGGAAUAAUAAUCAGCGUAAAUAACUGGAUUCAAAAGAACGAAAAUGAGAGUCGAUUGUCUAAAAUCGUAUCGUAAAUUCAAGUCUCACUUGUUUAACACUAAUACACAUUUUACUGUAUUCCCCUUAAACCACUGUUGACUAAUAUUUAAUAACGACCCACAUUUUGAGUGCACAAGGUCAUACUAAGCUGCUUGUGAAAAUACC